UUCAUGUGAAUGUGCCCCAUAGCAACUUAGCAUUACAGCUUGUAAUCAUGUAGUCUACUGUAAACCAUGUGCCAAAACCACCUGUUGGAGUUGGACUACCUCAGCAUUAUUAUUACUGGUGUUAUUUUUAAUUGGAUCAGACAGAUGAUCUUUAACCAUAAACCCAGGGGCCACUUGCUGCAAAAUUUUAGCCUCCUUGCUAUUGCCGAACAUUGUGUGAUUGACUUUGCUGGCAAAUGCCAUGAUGUUUGAUAUUCAUCGAGUAGAACACUAUUUAUCUCCAUUUCUAUAACCCAAAAAAGCAUACUAGUAGGCAUUAGAAAUAUUAUACAUGUAUAUAUAUUAAACAAAUUUCUUUUUUUCAAAAGGGUACGUUAACUGGUGUUUAAAAUUGUAGUUAGUAAUCACCAAAAUCUAAGCAUUAGUGGGCGCUUGGUCUAGUGGUAUGAUUCUCGCUUUGGGUGCGAGAGGUCCCGAGUUCGAUUCUCGGAGCGCCCCUUCUUUUUUUUUUUUGCGAAAUUGCACAUCACUUUCUCGAAAGUUCUUGAUUCUCUAGUUCAUCUACUCCAUCUCAAACGGUUAAACCCAGAAACCUCAACUGUAACUUGUCGCAACAGAAGCAAUUGCAACCUUGGAAACUCUCUUUGUCUAGACCAAAGUGAAAAGGCUUCAACAAGCUUCUGGACCAGGUUUGCAUUGCUGAAAUCAGAUACCUUUUCUUCUAGGUAACCUUGACUUGGAAAAUUUUCUAUGCAAAUAUAAGCAUUUAUAGAGAGAAGUAGGAUGGUGUUUGGGCAAGUGGUGAUUGGUCCACCUGGAUCAGGAAAGACUACUUACUGCAAUGGCAUGUCUCAGUUCCUCAAACUUAUUGGAAGAAAGGUUGCUGUAAUCAAUCUGGAUCCAGCCAAUGAUUCAUUACCUUAUGAGUCUGCCAUCAAUAUUGAGGAUCUCAUAAAACUAAGUGAUGUGAUGAAAGAACAUUCUUUGGGGCCUAAUGGAGGUCUUGUCUAUUGUAUGGAUUAUUUAGAAAAGAAUAUUGAUUGGUUGCAGUCUAAACUGGAACCUCUUUUGAAAGAUCACUAUCUUCUUUUUGAUUUUCCCGGCCAGGUUGAACUAUUUUUCCUUCACUCAAAUGCCAAGAAUGUUGUCAUGAAGCUCAUUAAAAAGUUGAAUCUUAGGUUGAGUGCUGUACAUUUAGUUGAUGCCCACCUAUGCAGUGACCCUGGGAAGUAUGUUAGUGCUUUGCUUCUUUCUUUAUCUACCAUGUUGCACUUAGAGCUGCCACACAUCAACGUCUUGUCUAAGAUAGACCUAAUUGAGAGCUAUGGAAAGCUGGCUUUCAAUCUGCAUUUCUACACAGAUGUGCAAGAUUUAUCAUAUUUACAGCACCAUCUUGAUCAGGAUCCCCGCUCUGCUAAGUAUAGAAAGCUUACAAAGGAGCUAUGUGAUGUAAUCGAAGACUUUAGUCUGGUCAAUUUCACUACCUUAGAUAUUCAGGAUAAAGAGAGUGUUGGGAAUCUUGUGAAGCUUAUUGACAAGAGUAAUGGAUACAUAUUUGCUGGUAUAGACGCCAGUGCAGUUGAAUUCAGCAAGAUUGCAGUACGACAAGUUGAUUGGGAUUAUUACAGAGCUGCAGCAGUGCAAGAGAAGUAUAUGAAGGAUGACGAGAAUUUUGAUGAUGAUGAUGAUUGACAGUGCUUUUUGGUGAGACAAAAGUGUGCCUAAUUGCCUAAGGUGAGCUAGUUGCAACCUUGUGCAUUCCCAUCUUUUGUUCAUUUUUAUGUUUGCUUUUAACCAUUUGGACUUGGUAAUCUCAAGUUUAUGGAAUUUAAUUUUCUUAUUACGAUCAAGAGAAUAUACAGAAAAUGAUAAAUUUUCUUUUGUUUCUUCCUUUUCAUAUUUUCCUGUUGUUAAAUCCUAAUUUAAUUCUUGUAUCAUACUCAUGAACUUCAAUUUUGUAUAAUCAAGAAAAAUAUUAUUAAAAAAAAGAAAGAGUUUACAAGAACGUGCCCCUUCAAAGAGUUGUAAAAUUUAAGAAACUAGAAUUACAAGGAACGUGGAAAGCUGGUUUUCUCAUGCAAUAAACGUAUGUUCACAACAUCCUUUUUCCUAUAUUUUCAUUUCAUUUGUUUUUUUCCCGGUGGAUGUUCCAAACAAGUGUUUUGGCAUAGACGGCUUAUCUGAGGGUUGGAAAAACCAAGUCAAUGAAAGUAAGCCGUGUUUGGCAUAGUUUGAUUUUUUAUUGUUGAGUUUCUAGGAGUUUACAUGUACAUUGGCUUGCCAAGAAUAUUCUUCACCAAGUUUCAAAGCAAUGGUUUCUAAUUCUAUAAUCUGUAUGAUUAUAAUUUUUUUUCUUUGUUUUGACUGUUC